UCUCCACCAUGUGGCAUCUGAAGACGAUGCCAAACACUCCGCAACAAUUACGCUCCUUCAAAGUUGGACGCACGCUGCAGGCAAUAGCGUGCCCAUGGGCCAACGUCGUCCGUCUGGCGAGAGCAGUUCAAAGUCGGGCAAGCAGCCGAUGUAUCAAAAACGGGCGACCUUUAUCACCGGAGACAGCCCAGGGAGGGAGUGGCACAGGGACGACUCUCCGUACUCCCCGGAGCGCGACGAGCGGAUGUACUCUCCACAACAACAACAACAGCACUAUCGCUUCUCUCCCCCGGCCCAUCACCCACACUACCCACCUUCAGCUGAUUCGCGGGCAAGCCCGUACGCGCGUUCGCCCCAGAACGACAGCAUGCUCCUAAACGGAACACACUUCUCGGACGACGCAGGACUGGACGGAGAGGUGGCGGUGGAUCCGGCUACGCCGCCGCUGGCGUACUGGUCGUCGAAGCGGCAUACGAGUUGUGGGAACCCGACCCCACCACCACCCUGGUCGGCGAAGACCAUACCCUGGCGCGGCAAUGGGGCGCCCGGGAGACUCAAAACCGCCAACGCCGCGCUUGUGCUCUGCCUCAACAUCGACGUCGACCCUCCGGACGUGGUCAAGACGAACCCGUGUGCGGUGCUAGAGGCCUGGGUCGACCCACACACGAUGCCAUCGCAAAAGGCGAUGGAGGUCAUUGCGGCGAACUUGAAGCUUCAGUUCGAGGGGUUGAGUCUCAAGCUGAUGUACAAGGCGGUCCAGGAUCCAUCCUACGACGAUCUGUGGCGGACUUGUCAAACUCUGCGCAAACAGGCCAAGGAAGACGCGGUCUUGUUCCACUACAAUGGGCACGGGGUACCGAAGCCUACAGCGAGUGGAGAGCUGUGGUGCUUCAACCGGGACUACACCCAGUACAUCCCCGUUUCGUUGAACGAAAUACAAAGCUGGCUCGGCUCUCCGGCUAUCUACAUCUGGGAUUGUUCGGCCGCGGGCCAUCUGCUGAGCAACUUCAACACGUUCGCCGAACGCCGAGACCUCGACGCGAGAGUGAUGCAUGGGGGUCCAUUGGACGGAUCUCAGCCGUUCACUCAUUCGCUGCAGCUUGCGGCAUGUGCUGCCUACGAGCAACUGCCGUCGUGCCCCGAGCUUCCCGCGGAUCUUUUCACCUCGUGCUUGACGUCCCCCAUCGAUAUGGCCCUCCGAUACUUCAUCAUGCAUCACCAGCUGCCGAGCAAUAUAACGGCAGAUAUGGUCAUGCAGCUCCCCGGUGACCUGAAGGACAGGAAGACACCCCUCGGCGAGCUGAACUGGAUAUUCACGGCCAUCACGGACACCAUCGCAUGGACCACCUUUUCGCGCGAGACUUUCACCAAACUCUACCGAUGUGAUCUUCUCAUUGCGUCUCUCUUCCGGAACUUCCUUCUCGCCGAACGGAUUAUGAAGAAUUACCAAUGCACGCCCCACACCGAACCCCCUCUGCCACCAACCAAUACGCAUCCCCUUUGGGCUACCUGGGACCUUGCCGUCGAUGCGUGCUUGCGUCAACUUCCCGAUCUGCUCUCCAAACGUGAUUCAAAUACCGUCGUCCUCGACUCGACCGUGACAGUCACAUCACGACCAGGUCGCAUCGGGCAGAACUCGAAGGCCACUGCAGACAAGGGCUAUAAUUAUACUCCCAGCCGAUUCUUCGCCGACCAGCUGACCGCCUUCGAGGUAUGGAUUUCUCGCGGGGGGGCUGCACUCACCAAACGAGGGCCCAUGUCAUUGCCUGCAUCUGCAGAGUUGGACGAAAACGUCAAUCCGCUGUCUGAGACGGAGCCCGUGAAGGAGUCGCAUCUCGUUCCGCGAAAGCCGCCAGACCAGUUGCCGAUAGUGCUGCAGGUCCUGCUCUGCCAGCCCCAUCGGCUGCGUGCUCUGAUUCUCCUGUCCCAAUUCGUCGAUCUCGGACCGUGGGCUGUCCACUUGGUACUCACCAUUGGCAUCUUCCCGUACAUCAGCAAGCUGUUACAGGCUGCCGGCCCCGAUCUUCGGCCCGUCCUGAUCUUCAUCUGGGCUCGCAUUCUUGCUGUCGAUCCGAGCGUGCAGGUCGACCUGGUCAACUCGACGGGCUAUAAAUACUUUUCGAAUAUCCUCGGGGCACGAGAUGAGCCGUCCUUCAAGAAUGUCUCAGAACACAAGGCCAUGUGCGCUUUCAUUUUGGCCUCCGCGGCGCGUGACUACCGACCAGGCCAGGAUGCGUGCGUGAGUGCCCGGGUACUCAAUUUCUGCUUCGAGAAGCUGGACGAGCCAGACUUUCUGCUACGACAAUGGAGCGCCUUGUGCAUCGCCCAGCUGUGGGAAAGCCACGACGAGCAUCGUGCUGGGGCGGUGCAGCAGGAUAUGACGACCAAAUUCAUUCAGCUGCUUUCCGACGACUCGGUCGAAGUUCGAUGUGCAUCGCUGUACGCGCUGGGCACUUUCAUGGGCGCCAGCGGAUCGUCGAACCCCGAUAAACGUGGCGGCGGGGCUAGUGGACGGAUGGCCAUCUUCGAAUCCAAGAUAGACCACUUCAAGAGCGAAGUGGCGCUUGUGACUGGGAUCACCCUCGCGGUCAAAGACGACGCGAGUCCCAUGUGCCGCAAGGAGAUGAUCGUUGUCCUGAGCUGUCUCGUGAAGGAAUAUCGCGGAUAUUUCGUCGUCUGUGCAUGGAUCUAUUAUGAAGAGGACCGCCAUCGGAUGGAGGGCAAACUUUCGACAGUGACAGACGAGGCUGUCAAAGACUGGUUGGCCCAGUUCCCGGUGUCGGAACAGAAUGAGAAGCGGGUCUAUCUGUCUUCCUUCUUCACGCUGUUCGUCAUCCUGCUCGACCUGUCUGUCGACCCGUACCACGAAGUGGCGACGAAUGCACAGACCGUGCUCGACUACAUCAUCGCCCUUCUGCUCGAUUCGCCCUUCGCGCGGAUAUCGCCCUCGAUCCACUUCCCUCUGGCAUUCUCCGGAAGCCGCAAGCGCACGAACUCACACGCUUCGACGGUGUCUGGAUCCCCGAUGGUACCCCCGCUGUCUCCUGUCCCGCGCCCGGCGCUGUCUCGAGCGGAUACCAUGACGAGCACGAUCUCGAACGGCGUGACCAAUACGCUGCGGCGCACGUCCUCGUUUGCCAGUGCGCUCAAGUCUCUGGUCGCGUUUCCAUCCUCCGAAGAAACCUUGCAUGAGCCGGUCGAACCCCCACCACCCGGCGCCGUCUCCCGCCCCCCCUCGCCGACGCUGAAUCUGGCCAAGUAUGCGUCGCCGUACGCGGAAGGCUAUGCACCAGCGGACCAGAACUGGAGCGCACCGCCGUCGCCGCGGUUCAGCGACGCAGCAUCCGACGUGACGUUCCACGCGUGGAACGUGAUCGAGGCGCUCGUCGAGGAGGACAUGGAGCGGCUCAGGGCACGGCGCAGGACGGGCCCUGGGCGGCGGGGCCACUCGCACGGCGGGCCGGGGGCGAGCCCGAGCAGCAGCUUCUCGUCGAUGGACUCGACGGCGAGCAGCGUCAUUUUGGGGCUGGGGACCGGGACUGGGAUGGCUGAUGUGUUGCCGCUGAAGAGCACGUAUUUCGAUUGGUGCACCGAGUACUUUACCGAGCCGCAGAUGAGGCAAGCGGAAGCUGACGAGCCGGGGAGCAUUCAGUACAACUACCAGAUGUGGAGACUGAGUCGCAACGAUCUCCUGAUCGACCAGACGCGGAGACACAUCGAUGUUGCCGAAACGAGCAAGUGGAACAAGGUGGUCAGAUCGCUGCCUGUUUCAGGACAUCCUACAACGAUCAAAUUCCAUUCCUACGACAAACACCUGUUCGUCGCAGACUCGACCGAUGUCGUGAGCAUCUGGGACUGGUCGCAGAAGGACCGCUCGCACAUCUGCUCGUUCAGCAACGGUGAUCCGGCGGGUGUGCGCAUCACUGCGCUAGAUAUCAUCAACCAGGACAUGGGCGGGAUCAUUCUCACUGGCUCGUCGGAUGGCAUGAUUCGGCUGUACCGGAACUACGACCCCACAGUCGACCAAGGGCCUGUCCAGAUGGUUAGCGCGUUCCGCGGGCUCAGCGAUGUUGUGCCGGUGCACAAUGGAGCGGGGCUCGCCAUGAAUUGGAAGCAGUCGACGGGGAUCCUCCUCGCUGGUGGCGACUCGCGGAUUAUCAAAGUCUGGGAUGCGCAGACUGAGACGCCCGUACUGGAUCUCGAAACGGCUUCUGGCAGCCCGGUGACCUCCAUCGCAUGUGAGCAGGCACCGACGAUGCAGGCGUUCCUGGCAGGUUUCGGCAACGGCGAAGUCAAGCUGUUCGACCCGCGGCUCGAGGAGGACGCGUGUGUCGUGGCGACCUUCAACGAGCACGAGUCGUGGGUGCAGAACAUCCGGCCGUAUGCGGGGUCGCCGAUGCAGUUCCUGUCCGCGAGCCUGGACGGGAAGGUGAAGCUGUGGGACCUGCGCAACUUCUCGCAGUCGCUGCCGCUGCCGCGCCUGUCCAGCUUCACGCAGGAGAUCCACGCGGACGGGCUAGCUGCGUUCGACGCGCACUCGACCGCGCGGGUGUAUGCGAGCACGUCGGCUGUGAUGCCCUGGUCGUGGAAGACGCAGCGGCUGACGGUGUUCAAUGCCGAGCAGGAGCUGUCCAGCAUGCAGAUCCCCACGGGUCUCGCGGGCCCCCCGCCGCGGAACCUGAUCACGUCCAGACUGUGUGGGCUGGUGUUCCAUCCGCUUGAGAUGGUCUGUGCGGUCAGCGGCCCCGAGGGCAACGUUAGAGUUAUUGGGUGUAACUUUGAGAAAGUAUAGUAUCUGUAUGUCGAGUAAUUUCUUGCUUUUGUAUGAUAGGCGUAAGUACGUAGAGUUGGAGGCAAGGCUUGCUUUUUUUCCUGCUGUGACCGAGUGCAAGAUGAACGUCGGAAGCUUGGUGAUUAGCAGGGAGUUUGAUGUUUUCAGCACGAGGGGAUCGUGGAACCGGAU